AUGGCCGAUAUCGACCAAGCCUUGGGAGCUACCAUAGAGAGGUACUUUGUCGAGUUCCUCAUGAAAUUCAAAAACAAUGCUGACGAUGCUGAGCCGGCCUAUGUUACUCAAGUUCGUCGCAUGCGUGCUGAGGAAAUGCAUACUCUUUUCAUCGACUAUACCCACUUUGAGAAGUUCUCUGAGUAA